AUGGACAGCCUCGAAGACUUUGAAAAGUCUCUCGCUGCCGAAAGGGCUGAGCGUGAGCGCCAAAAGGAAAAGGAGGAGCGCAGAGACAGAAAACAUAGACACCACCAUCGAGAGUCGAGACGAGACAGGUCAACAGAGCGCGACAGAGACAGCGAUCGAAGACGACGACGCGACGACCAAGACGAUGAGAGCCGCAGGCAUAAGCGGUACCGCCGGGAUGAUGAGGACGACGAGUCAAGGCGGCAUCGACACCGGCAUAGAGAUGAUGACCGGGACAGAGACAGAGACAGGCACCGGCGCAGCGGGAAGGAUACGAAGGAUUUAAAAGCAUCCGACCCGAAAGAAGACCUACCACUGCCAGACGAGGAACUCGCGCCGGGUGAAUCCAAGUCGUCAUUGGUCCGAGACUCGUGGAUGACGGCGCCGUCUGCGCUGGAUAUUGAUUAUGUCCAGCGUAACAAACGGAAAAGUCCCUCGCCUAUGAGGGAGGAGCCGAAGAGGGUGUUGCAUCAUCGGGAACUAAACAAGGGCCUGGAAGAGGCGAGCAAUAGGCCGGCAGAGGAGCCAGAGACCGGCAAGCCGCGGGAGGUCAGAUACACCUUUGGCGACGACGGGUCACAAUGGCGCAUGACGAAGCUCAAGGCUGUCUACACCAUCGCCGAGGAAACCGGCCGGCCAGUGGACGAAGUCGCGAUUGAGCGCUUUGGCAGUCUCCGGGAAUUUGACGAUGCGCGAGAGGAAAAGAUUGAAGUGGAUAGGAGAAAGGUUUACGGAAGCGGCUACGUUGGCAAGGAGAAGCCAACCGGGGAACUCUACGCGGAGAGAAUCGCCAGCCAAAAGAAGGCACCACCACCCCCUGGCUUCCCGGCCCUGAGCAAACCCCCCGCCGAACUCGAACAAGGCGUCUCAAUCGAAGACAAAAUUGCCCCUGCCCCUCCCAUGGAUCAAUCAGCCCUCAACCGCCUCCGCGCCCAGCUCAUGAAGGCCAAACUCCGCAACUCCCCCGACGUGCCCAAGCUGGAAGCAGAAUUCAACUCUGCCAUGGCGGCGUUCCAGUCAGGCCAGACAACCAGCAACGCCAUAGUCCUCGACGCCUCCCACUCGCGCCUCUUGGCCGGCGGGUCAAGAGGGGAAGUAAAGCCAGUAACCAACAAACGGGGUCUUGAGCGCGGCACAGUGGUGGAAAACGACGAGAUGACGCUGGACGACAUGGUCCGCGAAGAGCGCCGUACAAAAGGCGAAGCCGGCGGGGAAGGGAUGCGUCUGGCGGAGAGGAUCGCCAAGGAUGGGAAGUUCGACAAUGAUUUGGAGUAUCUGGAUGAGAAUGCGGAGAAAUUGGCGAAGAGGGUGCACAAGACUGACUCGAGCUUGAAGAAUGUCGCUGUGACGGAGUACAAGAAGCUGAAUCGGAUAUUGGACAGUUGUCCGUUGUGUUAUCACGAGGAGAAGAACCCGCCGGGGAACUUGCCGGUGGCGCCGGUUGUUUCUUUGGGUACGAGGACGUAUCUCACUUUGGCGCCGGCUCCGGAGCUGACGGGUGCGGAAGGCGGAGCCGUCAUCGUCCCUUUGUCGCAUCGAACAAAUCUCCUUGAAUGCGACGAUGAUGAGUGGGAGGAGAUGAGGAAUUUCAUGAAGUCGCUGACGAGGAUGUAUCACGACCAAGGACGAGAAGUCAUUUUUUACGAAAAUGCCGCGAACCCGCAGCGCAGGCAGCACGCCGCUAUGGUUGCUGUCCCCAUCCCUUACGAACUAGGGGAUACGGCACCGGCAUUUUUCAGGGAAGCGAUGAUGAGCGCGGGGGAGGAGUGGUCCCAGCACAAAAAGGUGAUUGAUACUCUCAAAAAGAGUAAGGAGCCCGGGUUUGGGAGGAUGGCGUUCCGGAAGAGCAUUGCAAAGGAGAUGCCGUAUUUUCAUGCUUGGUUUGGGCUUGAUGGGGGGUUGGGGCAUGUGGUGGAGGAUAGCGCGAGUUGGCCGAGGGGGGAUGGGUUUGCUAGGGAGGUCAUUGGGGGGAUGUUGGAUGCUGAUGUCGCUGUGAUUAAGAAGCAGGGGAGGUGGACGAGGGGGGAUGAGAGGGUGGAGGGGUUCAAAAAGAGGUGGAGGAAGUGGGAUUGGACGAGGGUGUUGGAGGAUGGACAGUGA